AUGAUCUGGCAGGAUGGUUUCUUCGAUUAUCUUAGAGGACUGGACUGCUCAGAAGUUGAAGUGCAUGCCAUUGCAGAGGGUUCAGUUGUCUUCCCAAAGGUACCUCUGCUAAGAAUAGGAGGACCUAUUGCUGUGGCUCAAUUGCUGGAAACCCCAUUAGUGAAUCUUGUCAAUUAUGCAUCUUUAGUGGCAACAAAUGCAGCUAGACAUCGAUUUGUUGCUGGAAAAUCAAAAAUUCUUCUUGAGUUUGGGCUUCGACGGGCUCAGGGACCUGAUGGUGGGAUAUCUGCAUCAAAAUAUUGCUACCUUGGAGGCUUUGAUGCAACAAGCAAUGUUGCAGCUGGACGGUUAUUUGGGAUACCUCUGCGAGGGACUCAUUCCCAUGCAUUUGUCAGCUCAUAUAUGGUUGGUUUAGUUAGUCCUUCAUCUAAAUUAUCUAGUGGUUUGCAGAGCCUUGAUGAGAUCAUAGACAAGUCGCUUCGAAGUGCUGAUGGAUCAAAUAGUUGCGAGGACUUUGUCAGUUUAGUUCAGACAUGGUUAAAUAAUAUUCAGUGGUCAAAGUCAUUACAUGGUAUUUUUGGUGAGACCAAUCAAAGUGAGCUAGCUGCUUUCGCCUCAUAUGCCUUGGCAUUCCCUAGAAGCUUUUUAGCUCUUGUGGACACAUAUGAUGUCAUGAGGAGUGGAAUCCCUAACUUCUGUGCAGUUGCUCUAGCACUUAAUGAUCUUGGAUAUAAAGCAGCAGGCAUUAGAUUAGAUUCUGGUGAUCUAGCGUAUUUGUCUUGUGAGGCUCGGAAGUUCUUUAGUGCCGUUGAGAAAGAAUUUGGAGUGGCUGGUUUUGGGAAGACGAGCAUUACUGCUAGUAAUGACCUCAAUGAGGAAACUUUAGAUGCUCUGAAUAAACAGGGUCACGAAGUAGAUGCAUAUGGAAUAGGAACCUAUCUUGUAACUUGCUAUGCUCAAGCUGCUUUGGGUUGUGUCUUCAAGCUUGUUGAAAUAAACAAUCAGCCGCGCAUCAAACUUUCCGAAGAUGUUUCAAAGGUUUCUAUACCAUGCAAAAAACGGUCUUAUAGAUUGUAUGGAAGAGAAGGCUACCCACUGGUGGACAUAAUGACGGGGGAAAAUGAACCAUCUCCAAAGGUGGGAGAACGGAUACUGUGUCGCCAUCCUUUUAAUGAAUCCAAGAGAGCAUAUGUGGUUCCACAGCAGGUUGAGGAGCUUCUAAAGUGUUAUUGGCCGGGGAGCUCAGAUAAACCAAGAGAAGAUUUACCUCCUCUUAAGGACAUUAGAGAUCGCUGUAUCAAGCAGCUUGAGCAAAUGCGUCCUGAUCAUAUGAGGAGGCUAAACCCAACACCGUACAAGGCUUACCAGGUGAGUGUAAGUGCAAAAUUGUAUGAUUUCAUCCAUUUCCUAUGGCUCAACGAGGCACCAGUUGGGGAGUUGCAGUGA